AUGGCAGAAAGUGAAAGCAGCAACACAGCUAGUCAUAGGGUUCUAGUAUCUCUAAGGGAGGCCGCGAGAAUUAUCGGAGCCCAAGGAGCGACUAUUCAGGAGAUACGCGAGUCUAACAAGGUAAAAAUUGGCAUUUCACCUCAUGAAAGGGGAUGCUCAGACAGAAUUCUUACUUGCUCAGGGUCUAUUCAAAGCGCGGCUAAUGCUAUUGGUGACGUGAUAGAUGUUCUCAAUCAUGAAGACCAGGAACCUGAAGAGUAUACGUACAAGCCGCUUAACUUCAUUCUCCCCACGCCUAGCCCAGACGAGAUACAAGACGUGGAAAGUAUCAAGAGAAUUGGCAAUUUGAGGCUAAUUGUGACCAACUCGGAAGUGUCAUCGAUAAUUGGUACACAAGGUAGCCGCAUUAAGAGUCUUAUCGAGAAGCAUGGUGUGAAGAUUGUCGCAUCCAAGAACUUUCUCCCUGAUUCUCAGGACCGGGUGGUAGAAAUUCAAGGUUUCCCGGGUUCCAUUGCCAAUUGCCUUGUAGACAUCAGUGAGAUACUAUCAAAGGAAGCGAAACCAACUCAUGAGAAGCGCUAUUACCCUCAUACUAAAAGUCAGGAGGAGGGGUCUGUCACUAAAGUCGUGCCUAUUCCAGUGGAAUAUGUGGGCGCGUUGCUAGGUCGUGGUGGCAACAGGGUUUCAAGCUUAAGAAAAUACACCAAGACAAAGGUUAUAGUCAGUGAUGAACCCAAUGAUGAAGGUGAAAGGCUUUUUACGAUUACUGGUAACAACCAAAACAGCGUUAAAUUGGCAGAGACAAUGCUUUUGAAGAAUCUCGAAACGGAGAAACAAAGACGCGAAGAAAAAACGGUGUCCAAGGAGUAA